CAUUUUGUUCGGCACCGAGGGAGAGAGGCCUCUGCCACCGUCUCUGCCUCUGCUCGUCGCCGCUCGCUGCCUCAGAGGUUGCCAGGCCGCCUCAAGGCUGCAAGGACUCCGCUGGAGGGCUGGAAGGACUCAGCCGUCAGCGGUGCCCUCCUUGAGGCGCGGGCUGGAGUGGCGGCGGCCGCGGCCAUGUCGGAGCUAGCGCUGGAGGAGCUGUCAGCUCUCGCCGCCAUUUACUGCGAGCCGGACGCCUGCGAGGUUUUAGCGGUGUCAGAGACUCAUGGAAUCACAUUUAGGAUUCAUAUCAACGUGAGAGAACUGGAUGCAGAUGUACUUCUAAAGCUGUUAUUUCAUUUACCAGUCAAUUAUCCAUCAACUCUACCAGAGAUUUCUGUUAACUCAGACCAGCUUACAAGGGCCCAGUGUAUGGAUGUGAAAGACAAAUUACUUGAACAAGCCAAGAAGCAUCUUUCUGAACCAAUGGUCCACGAGCUGAUUCUUUGGAUACAGGAGCAUCUUAAAAGUGUCAUUAAGCAAUCAGCACCAGCUGGCAUUGAAAAAGCUCCAUUGUCCAAAGGAAUGAGUACAGAGGAUGGUAUCUGGAUGCUCCUUCUGCAUUUAGAUCACAUGAGAGCAAAGACAAAAUACGUCAGAACUUUGGAAAAAUGGGCUUCAGAUCUAGGGCUGACUGGAAGACUAAUGUUCAUGGGCAAGAUAAUAUUGAUUCUUCUUCAGGGUGACAGGAACAACAUUAAGGAGUACUUGAUUCUUCAGAAAACCUCUAAGGUAGAUGUGGACUCAAGUGGAAAGAAGUGCAAAGAGAAAAUGAUCAGCGUACUGUGUGAGACAAGAGUACAGGCACAGCAUCAAAGGUUUCAGAUGUUUGAAGUCAAAGAAUACUCAACGCUGGAUGAGCUACAAAAGGAAUUUGAAACUGCAGGACUUACAACUCUUUUCUCUGAGUUUGUGCCUCCUCUCUUAAAAUAGAAAUAAAGAAACCAUUGGGCUCUUGGACCAAAGCAGAUGCUGACAGAAGAUAAAAGGACUGAUCUGGCAAACAAAGCUUUUCUACAGAGAAUGCCAGAAGUAGCCAUUCUCUUGCAAAGAGAGAGCAAUUCAUAAAUGAAGAACUGAGAAUUGAUGGACAUUUGUGUAUUGAUUUUUUUUUCUGAGCAACCUGGACUUCAUUGUGACAAUUGCAUAAGAGAUCUGGAAGAAAUCAUGUUAAAAGAAUUGCCCUGUAGUUAGACUCUGUUUUGCAGUCCCUGUUUUGGUUUUUAUCCUUCAUGGUAGUGGUUUUUCUUAGUAGUGGCCUGCUAAAAAGCAUGAUUCAUUUUUCUUUGAAAGCUUAUAUGGAGAUAUUUUUAUCAGAAGCAUAGCAAAGGCAGAUCUGAAUAUGUGAGGACUGCAUAUACUUAAUGUCCCCUAGGUCCUUGUCUGCUGGCUUUUCCUUCUCCAUUUAUUUGACUGCAAAGGUAGACUGUUGAGGUAAAGAAAAGUUCAUAUCACUGGGGGCCAGGAACAACUUGUAAGUGUCUUUUUGAGUGUUAGUUUUUAUUCUAAAAUUUCUUAUCAACACUCAAAUGCAGAAUUCAAAUCAAUUAAGAAGCUAAGGUUAAAUCAAUUGUAAUAUUUGAUAGUUUUCAGAUUCCUUUUUGCACUUCAGUUGGAUUUAGUUGUACUUCAGAUGCACUGCUGUGUAUCUGUGGAUAUCUCAGUUCCAUUAAACUGUCAGAGCAGAAUAUAGACAGACUUCAGUCUUCUGGCAUUGGAGAAGCUGGUAAGUCAUAACUCCCCAUUAAAAUUUCCCUGCCUUUAGCAUUAAUUUAUCUAUUGGUCAAGUGGCCUUAGGCAGCUUAAUUUUUUUUUACCACUGCUCUGUGUUUCGGUAUCAUGUCACAAAUUCUGCAUAGGGUUUUGGCAAGUUCAGUUGUGCAAAUUCUGUUUGCUUACGGGAAAUCUGAUAUUUAUUAUAAUUAUUAAUGUCCUCUGA